AUGGAAUAUCAAUUAAUUCCAAUACCAGGCGAUGGAAAUUGUUUAUUUCGUUCCGUGUCACAUUUAAUAUUCGGCACGCAAGAAGAACAUCGAAAUAUUCGAUUAAGAGUGGUUAACUUGAUGUUGAUGAGCCUAGAUGGCGAGUAUGCUGGUCACGUCGAACUUGAAUGCAUUAGUCGAUUUUAUUCAAAUCAUACAUUUCGUGUGUAUAGAUCUAAUGAUCUUAAUGAAUUUGUAGAUUAUGGUUCUGGUGUUACAAUGGGUAAUUUAUUUUUUUCUGGCAAUGGUGACGCAGGACAUUAUAGUGUUUUAGUUUUUGGUAAUAAUAUGAAUAUUCAAAAUUCAUUUAUCCUACCUAAAGAAAUAACUGCAAACACUAAUAGUAAGCGUAAAACACAUUCAUUAACUGGUAGACGAGAAAGAAAAAAAUAUAAAGAAACCAGGAAUCACAGUUCACCGAAAUUGUUGUUGAUAACAAUUACUCAGGUCUUAUUGUGGAACUUAAUAUUUUGUCAAUCUAAGAGUGUUGAAUUAAAUAAGGAUAGUGAAUUAUUAUGCGAUCGAGUACGGUACUCAACAUAUAAAUGUGAUUGUUUGAAAAACAGACCGCCGGUUGUUGAUCAUAAUAACUAUGAACCUUUAACUGGUUUAUAUGGAGUCGAUAAUUUUGAAAAUCUGGGCUUAGCUAAGGAUUCGAGUAAACCAUCAUAUCCCGUAAAAAGGCAUGCUAUCUUACGAUGCCAUAACCGUCCUGCACUGGAAAAUAACAAACCUUACAAACCAAACCUGAUAACAAGUGAAUGGAAAAUGAAGUCUACACCUGUCGACAACGCAUAUGGUGAUUUAAUGGUUAAAAAAUCAAAAGUUGUAGGUCUAAAGAAAAUUGAAAUUAAUUCACAGAAAAUGAAUCAUGAACCGUUACAUCGUACACUACCACUUUUACAGAAAGGAAAUCUUGUUAGUGAAAAUCCAAAACACUCACUACUUCCAAUAAAUUUACAAGAUAAGGCAAACCAAAUUAAAUCAUUAACUUUUACACCACAACAUAGGUUAGACGAAAUAAUAUCAGAUAAAUUAGUCGAUGAAACUCUACAUAACAAACCAACCCAGCCGUCACUGACUCUUCCAUUACCUUACAAAUCUAUUAAGUAUCCCGUAAAUAACCAAUUAAUACAGCCAACUGAAAUACAUAAUAAUAUUGAUACAGCAGGGUUGAUAACAGAUAGCGACAAACAGAGUAACCCGUUAAAGCUGUCUCAACUUUUACCACAUAUACCAAAUAACCAGAACGAUUUGAAAAACAAACCAUUUUCGACCUUUUCAUCAGUUCAAUUUAACCAGCCGAAACCCGUAGACAUAUUAUUGCGUGACAGAUCACCUUCUCAGUUAAUACAAACUCCUGCCAUCAAACCGAUACAUCUACCGAUUAUUGUGCAAAAAGAAGUAUCUCUAUCAGUAAACGAACGACCACAAGCCAAUAUUGAUUCGUCAUCACAAUAUCCUAAAAUAAUCAAAAACGGCAUUGCUGAAUCAACAUCUCAACCAAUCGUAAUAUCCUUGUCACAUAAUAAACAAGAGGAAUCAAUUGAUUUUCCACCCUCAAAGUCUAUAAAGUCUUCUGACACAGAAACAGUAAAUAAACCGAUUACAAUUAUUGAAAAAAAAGUUUCAAUAUAUUAUCCACAUCAAAAACCUCAGGAUUCAAUAGACUUGUCACCACCUAAACAAUUUAUGAAGAUUUCUAACCCAGAAACGGAACAUAAACCGAUUAAAAUCGAAAAAAAAGAAAUUUCUAUAUCAGCACCAAAUGAACAAAAACAACCGAUUAUUGAUUUACCACCACAAGCACCACAACUUAUAAAAACUACUUAG